AUGCCACUCAUGGCCACCGUCAAGGGCGUCGUGGCGCCGCCCAGCAGCAGCGCGCUCUUCUCGAGCGCCUCGCUGCGCUCUCGCCGCCACAGCGUCAAGCCGGACACCGAAAGCAGCAAGAGCGGCUCUAGCUUCCCCCGCAGUUCCAGUACGAACGACGACAGUGCGAGCAACAACGUCAUAAAUACACGACCCACGUCCGUGUCCGCGCCAGAUACUCACGCGUUCAAUACAAAUCAGUCGAGUGUUAGUACCGACACAGCGCCACCGCUGGAUACGGUCUCCAAGCACUCGCCGCCCCGGGUGGCUGUGCGCUACGGCGACACGAUCCGGCUAUUUGCACGCAGUAAGUACGUGACUACCGAGGCCGAGGGAGGGUACGUGGGCACGUUUGCAGGCAACAAGCGGUCUCUGACGUCCAAGAGUGUGCAGAAACAGGACGAGCGCGUGUGUCUUCCUCCCAUUGCUCCUUGCGGCGCCAAGCACUUCCGAUCGUCGACGUUCGUCGUCUUGUCGUACAGUGGACUGGGUGCAGGAACGCCCGUGAGCUACGGGGACGUCGUGCUGCUCGUGGAUCAAGACGGACUCGUGUGGAACAACAAACUGGGGGUCGGCCCGAGUCUCAAGAAUGGUUGUUUUGGACCGAAGGAGGCUAAUACGCCAGGUGAGAUGCACUUGUCUUUCUAUCAGCUCCAAGCUGCCGAUGCAGAUGAAGGCGACGGUAGCUCGAGCUCAUCGGAUGAUGAAGACAGUUUCGUCUUCUUUAGCAACUUGGCAAAGACGACCAAGACGAUGGCCGAGACCACGUUUGGUAAGUUGUCGCAAGUGGAGACGCACUUGGCAACAGCAGCGUUGGAAACCGUGGGGAAAGUCGUGUACUAUGGCGAUCGAAACCUGGUGAUUGACGUCGUCAAUUCGAAUCGCAUGCGGUCCAAGUUUAAUCGAGUGAUCACACACUUUGGCAAGCAGCAGGAGUCGGCACCUGUCCGAGGUGGUUUCUUGCGAUGUGACGGUCGCGGGAAAACCGUUUUGUUCGAGAUGCACGGUCACGAGUUGCCAGCAAUCAAAUCGGUUGAUUUAAGAGACGUGCAAACGAGUGCUGUUGGGCGUCGUGCGCCGGAUGAGGCUGAUCACGACCGAGCAAGCUCUCGGGUGCUGGUAUCGACAAGAACUGCCAUAGAGGUAGGCACUCCUGUUUUACUGCAGGAUCUACGGCGCUCAAUGUCGCUUGAACUGCUCUUUUCAGAUGGUGGUCGAGUUGGCAUGUCGUGCCAGCAAUUCCUAAAGCACGAGGGCUCUGCAUUUUACCGCCUUGUGCUUGGUGGUAAGCGUCUCAUGCGUAUCCUUGUCCGUGCUACGCGGGCUGUACAGCGAAAGAAGAUCGACUUGUGUGGCACUUUGCGCGGCACGUAUCGACAGAUGUUCAAGCUUUCAUGUGGUAUUGUCAUCGCAUACUCGGCUGCAGCUUCGGUGUUGACGCAUAUCUUUGACUCGGCGAUGGUUGUUCCUGCUGCAUACAUGUGCGGCCUUGCUGGAGCGACCAUCUUGUUAGUAGAAGUCGUAUAUCUGGUGAAGAUGGCAACGGCUCGACAGUCUACUCUGGCAGAUACCGAGGAAGGUCAUCAAUCACGUAGCUUUCUUGGCAGCUGGGACUUUACAGUGGUAGCACUGGAGGCGUCCGAAUCUGAACGGUUUGAAAAUACUGCCAGCAUGACGCAGUUAUCGCAACUGGUGAAAUCAGUGCCUGCAGCUUUUUUGCUGGCGGAGAAUGGAGAUACUGCCAAGGCUCUGAAGCGCUACGAGAACACACUGGCAUGGAGAAAAGAAGUGAUGGCAGAUUCUAUUCUGACCAUGCCGCAAACGCACUACGAUGCAAUUAAAGCGAACUACACACAGUUUCUCCACAAGCACGACAAGCUCGGGCACCCACUUUACUUUGAGAAGAUCGGCUCUAUCAACAUGCCUCAGCUAAAAAGAGUCGGCGUCACGCCGGACGCGUUGUUCAAGCACUAUUUAUUCGCCAUGGAGUUCAUGCUCAAGUAUGCGGCGCACGAGAUUUGUCCGUGUGACGCAUGUGCCCCCAGUGAGACACAGAAAAUGUGUAUUGUGCUGGACGCGCGUGGUAUCGGCAUGCGCGAUAUGGGCGGUGAGGCGUUCGAGUUCAUCCGUCGGUGCACAAGUGCGAUGCAGUGUCAUUAUCCGCAGCGGUCGUUCAAGAUCUUCAUCGUGAAUGUGCCAUCAUGGUUUGGAAUGGCGUGGAAGGGUGUGAAGCCUUUGUUGAACGAAGCGACUCGCGCCAAGACGAACAUAUUGACGGAGAGCGAGACUGCUGCAGCGUUGUUGGAGUUCAUUGACGCUGAGAACUUGCCCGUGGAGUACGGCGGUACGUGUUCGUGCUCUGGUGGUUGCGAGACGCAUUCUUCGUACCAGCUUUUGCAACGAGCGCUGGUUGAGAGUGUAUUGGAGUGCAAGCCAUUCGAGUCCGAAGAAUUGCUUCGUGCGAUCUCGCUUGAGCGCUCCGGUGAAAGCAGGUCAAGCGAAGAAGGUUAUACAUCGGCCGACGAUACAGUUUUGCUACUAUCUCCGCCGCCCGCAUCGGGACCGGCGGUUAAGCGCAGUGCGCCAACGACAACUGUAGUGGACCCACUUUCUCGAUGCGGAAGCAGCGGCGCAGAGAGCAGCUGUAUGCUUGACGGCGUCGACGACGAAGGCUUUCGUCGCUCCAUUCCAGCGAAUUACUUCAGGGAGGAAGUAUUGAAGGCAGGCUACUUGAUGAAGCGUUCACUGCGGCACAAGCAGUUCAACCCGAUUUGGCACCGCCAGCUCUUCGUGCUGCAUCCCCAGUAUCUCCGCUUUGCUAAGGCUUUGGAUUCGGAGAUCUACCAGAUUGUUUCAUUAUCCCACGAUACGAUCGUCCAGAAGACGACGAAACAGAACAAGAGCUUUGAAGUCAUCACGCCACGGAUGGCCGUUAACGGGCACUCGCUCCUGCUCUGCACGCCAACAUCUGACGUGCUGAACAGCUGGGUACAGGCGAUUUCAGGGGCAAUCGACCAGCUGAAGAAUAAGACGUCAGUCGCGACAAGGAGUCCGGAGUGGUCUCCCGUCGUUGUGCCAAGGGCGAAGCAGGAAGCCAGUCCAGACGCCGACAACCAGCCGACACCGCUCAAUUCGGCGAAGUGA